AUGAUAUUAAGCGAUGAGGUUCGAUAUUCGCAUACAGCAAAGAUAGUGAAACAAUAUUUAGAAGAUAAUAAUAUUCAAGUUGAUCCAUUACCACCCUACAGUCUAGGUAUUAAUAUAAUUGAAAAUCUUUGGUCAAUUGUUAAAGAAAGGGUAUCAAAAAAGAUGUUUCAUAACCCAUCACAAGACCUAAUCAGCAAAUAA